AUGCCGCUUGGUGAAGUGAUCAGCGUAUUCGCCGGUCAGUGCGGAACGCAGGUCUCUCAAGCCGUGUGGGAAUUGAUGGCUGUGGAGCACGGCGUCGGCCCCGAUGGAAUGCUCAUCGAUCCCUCGGCGGAGAGUGACUAUGACAAGCAAUCAGGCAACGUCUUCUUCAUGGUCGACAAUAAGGAUCGCUAUGUUCCACGCACCACAAUUGUUGACACCGAACCCACUGUUGUUGAUGAGAUUCGUUGUGGACUCUACCGAACAAUGUUUAAUCCACGAGGUUUGAUCAGUGGAUUGGAGGAUAUGGCAAACAAUUUUGCUCGUGGGUACUACGGAGUCCCACAAACCUUGAUUGAUACAACCAUCAAUUCCAUUCGAAAGGAGGUUGAGCACACCGACCUCCUCCAAGCCAUUCUCUUCUGUCAUGCUUAUGGCGGAGGCACAGGUGGUGGCACAGCCUGUCGUAUUGCCGAAUUACUGGACACAGAGUUUAUGAAGAUACCCAAAAUUGAAGUCGCUGUCUUUCCAGACCACCAGAAGUCUUGUUGUGUUGUGGAGCCCUAUAAUGCAAUCCUCUGCUGCAGCACUCUCGACGACAUCAGCACCUUUUCUGUUUUGUGUGAAAAUGAAGCGUUGACGGAUAUUUGCACCAAGAAGCUGGGAAUUGAAAGGCCCGCCUUCUCUCAUCUCAAUCGAGUGGUUGCUCAAGCAACCAGCGGGUUCACCGCCACUCUUAGGCACGAGGGUCCAGUGACAGCUUCCCUGCUACAAUUGCAGACCAAUCUUGUUCCUUUUCCACGUCUGCGGUACCUCCAACUCGGACUGGCACCGCUCUGCACUGCUGAUGUGAUGUCGCAUGAA